UAGAAGACAAGGAGCUGCUGGGAGCAGGGCCAAUAGGGGUGACCCUGAAAGAAGGGGAACAAGAGAAUCCCGAGCCAUCCCUGCACCGGAUGCCAAUGCUGAAUUAGUUGUGUCCAUGCAGAAGAGGCAAGCUCAAUCUAAUUCAAAGAGCCGAAGUGAGAAGUUCAACCCCCACCAGGAAGAGGUUGCUUCCGGCUUUCCGAUUGAACCCCCUAGAAUAUCUCAAGCAAGAGAAGAUUCUGGUAUAAGCCGGCAUGGACACCAUCAUAAGAGAGCAUCACAUUCAGGACCACUUGUUAAUCCAGCAGCAUGGGUGAAGGCUGGCAAGAACAUGGAUGAUGUUUCCAAAGUGUCAAAUGGUGCUGAAAUAUCAACACUUUCUGGUCCAAUGGCAGCAAGGAGGAGCUUCUUAUCUGAGGAUAAGAGAGAAAAGUCUAGUUCUCUGCAAUCUGGUGCUCCGAAACUAGUAUCAAGGUUCCCUGGAUCAUUCAAAGAAGUAUCAUCAGAGUCCAUGAAAAGGCGAGAUCAAAUGCAGGGCCCUGCAAAUUCUCAUCAAAAUGAAGAUGGAAGAAGUAGCAAUAAAGAUCCUGUGCUUCUUGGUUAUGGAUCAAAGGGGAGCAAAAUUCACUACUCAGGACCUCUAAUAGUCCCUUCAAGCAAUAUGGAUCAGAUGUUGAAAGAUCAUGAUCGCCAUAUCCAAGAAGCAGUUAGAAGAGCACGUAUAGACAAGGCGAAAAUCAGAAAGAUGCAGGCUGAAGGAAAUCAAGUAUCUUCUGCUUCAUUGUUUGUUGCUGGCCGUUGAAGCAGAGUGAGUAGUAGGUAAUAUCAAUGUAAAGAUUAGAGCACAAAUUUGGCUAGAAAAUGAUUGCCGCAGAUAGCUGAAACCAGUGAUUUUUUUUUUUUGUUUUGCUUCUGGAGUAGGGAGUCACUUUUCGUUUUGGGAGAAAUCCAUAAUUUUUCUUGUACAGGUUGGUCUUACUCUUACCCAGCUAAUAUAGCCGAUCUGCUGCCAAACUUGUGGCUCAUCCAAUUAACUUACAGCUCACAUGUAAUCAGCUAUUUCUCUGCAACUGCUGUAUCAAAAUAGUAGAGAUUUUCAUGCUUCAGAUAUAUUAGCAUACCCAGCAAUAAUUUAUGUAAUUUUAAGUGUCA